AUGAUGCAGCGUGCGGGCUCUCUCGCGCCGGCGGGGCUCCCGCAGCUCCGCCGGGACGGAAGGCGCGUGAAGUCGCGGACGACACGGCCAGUCGUCGUGGCCGCGGAGGGCGAACGAGUGCGGAACCCGUACUUCCCGCCACAGCGUGAUGGCAUCGACGGCGCGCUGGCGUCCAUGCCGACGCCCGUGGCUAUGGGCGUCGCCGGCCUGCUCACUGCCGCUGCGGCGGCAGCAGGUGUCAAGGUCGGCGGUUCCGCUGCGGGCAAGCCAGGACAGGUGAUCGGCGGCGCGGCCGCGGCCGCUGCCGUCGUCGCGGGCGCGAAGCCCCUCGCGGACCGCCGCAAGAAGCUCUCGGUCGGCGAGCUCCAGGAGGUGCUGUCGGGCCUCGACGACCCGCGCGAGCUGACGCCCGACAUGGUCGCGGCCGUCGCGGCCAAGUUCGGCGUGGACCUCCCGACCGAGAUGGGCUUCGAGCUCCGCCCGAUCCUGUUCGCGUUCAUCGACGCCGUCAUGCCCGGCACCGGCGGCAAGCUCACCGGCAGCGAGCCCGCCACCAUCCGCGCCUUCGCGGCGACGAUCGGCGUCCAGGACGAGGACCUCGCGGCCGCGUUCAUCGACUACGGCCGCCAGAUCAACCGCUCGCGGUUCGAGACGUCCUCGCGCGCCGCCAGCCGCGACGAGGCGCAGUCGUUCAAGCGCUGCAUCUACGUCGCCACCCGCACCCUCGGGGAGCAGAAGUCGGCCUUCCUGCUGCCCUGGGCGCGCCUGUUCGACAUCUCGCCCGAGCUGGUCGUCAUCGCGAAGCGCGACUGCGCGAAGCAGCUCCUCCAGGACACCCUCGGCGGCUCGGAGAUCACGCUGGACGACGCCUCGGUGUCGGCCAUCAAGGCGCGCGCCGCCGACCUGGGGCUGCAGGAGGCCGUCACGGGCGAGGUCGUGAACGAGCUCGCGCGCAAGCAGGUCGAGGGCGCGCUCGACCGCGCCGUGAACGUCGUCAAGGCGCGCACCCGGGAGCGCGACGACGCUGCCAUCAUGAAGGAGCUCACCUUCGCGCUGGGCUUCAACGAGCGCCUCGCCGCGCUCGGCGCCGCGGGGGACGCCGGCAUUCCGGGCCUGCGGCCCGUGACGAUGCUCGAGUCGGACAAGGUCGGUUCGUGGGGCUCGAACCUGCGCGCGCUGUUCCGGGCGUACGUGGAGCACAACACCCGCGACAAGAUGAGCGACGCCGCGGAGGCGUCGCUCGGGCCGCUCCAGAAGCUCCUCGCGAUGGGCCCGAAGGACGCGGACGCGAUCUCGCUGGCGGUCAAGUCGGACGCGUACCGGCGCAAGCUGCGGGAGGAGUACCGGUCGGGCCGCCUCGAGGCGGCCGAGUCCCCCGCGGGGGUGUUGAACACGCUGGUCGAGGACCUGCACAUGGACGGCGACGUGGCGAUGAAGAUCAACCGCGAGGUGUUCGAGCUGCGCUGGGACCAGCUGCUCGAGGGCAAGAAGCUGACGGAGGAGGGCGAGGCGGAGCUGACGUCGCUGCGGCGCGUGCUGUGCAUCACGGACGAGAUCGCGGCGCAGAUCCGGAAGGACAAGACCGGCAAGUUCUACACGCGCGCGCUCGGGGAGGCGUUCGAGGCCGGCGCGGACGGCUUCGGGCUGCCCGAACGCAACAUGGUCAAGAAGGUGAUGUCGGACUACCGCAUUGCGCACGAGACGGCGGUGGACCUGCUCAAGGAGUCGGCGCGCGCGGCGUACAUGACGUUCAUCAACCAGUCGCGCACGAAGGGCACGCCGCUGGAGCGCGCGCGCGAGCUCAAGCGGCUGGUGUUUUUCAGCGAGUCGGUGGUGGCCCCCCUCCUCGAGGACGCCAAGGGCGAGGAGUGGCUGGAGCGCGACAAGCAGGAGGCCAAGGAGAAGCGCAAGCAGAUGAAGGAGAUCCAGAAGAUCAUGAAGGAGGCCCAGGAGAAGGCGAAGAAGGAGGAGGAGGAGGGGGAGGGGGAGUCGGCGGAGUCCCCCGCCGCGGAGGCGGAGGUCGUGGAGCCCGAGGUGGCCGCGGAGGCCGCGCCGGCCGCCGAGAAGAAGAAGGAGGACGACGAGGAGGAGGGCACGAUCACGAUCGAGGCCGAGGAGGCCACGCCGACCGCUGAGAAGAAGGAGGAGGAAGAGCCGAAGCCCGAGGCUGCGGAGGCCGAGGAGGACGAGGAGGACGAGGAGGACGAGGACGACCCGGCGAUGGCGAUGAUGAUGGCGGGCCCCGCGGACAUCAACCUGUCGGAGGAGCUCGACAUUCGCGACCGGAAGGACAUUUACAAGAACUACCUGCAGUACGCGAUCACGGGCGACGUGGUGACGGGCCCGAUGGGGACGGUCAUGCAGACGGAGCGCGACCCGAAGGAGUUCGAGCGCCUGAGCUCGCUGGGCAAGGUGCUCGGCCUCGGGCAGCAGGACACGGUGGAGAUCCACCAGGGCAUGGCGGAGCAGGCGUUCCGGGCGCAGGCCGAGGGGCUCGUCGCGGACGGCCGCGUGACGGAGGACCGCGAGGCGCGGCUGAAGGACCUGCAGACGCAGCUCGGGCUCCCGGACUCGUCCCGCGAGAAGAUCGUGAACGGCAUCAUGAACAAGAAGCGCGUCGAGGAGCUGUCGUCGCUGCGGGCCGCGGGGCAGCUGACGCUGGACAAGGUCAUGGAGGUGGUCGAGGCGUCGGGCGACCCCGAGGGGCUCAAGACGUCGCUGCCGGAGGACGUCCGCAAGGGGCUGUACCGCGACUACUACGAGGGCACGAUGCAGAACGGCAAGGGGGAGUUCUCGGCGGAGGAGGUGUUCGUGAACGUGCCGACGAAGCUCGGGCUCGAGGCGGACAAGCUCAAGUGGCAGGUGACGAAGGAGGCCGGGACGCGGAAGAAGCUGGCGGUGACGCAGGCCAUGUCGGACUACCGGCAGGGCCGCGCGGCGGACGCGGAGGCGGCGCUGAACAACGUGGUGAGCUGCCAGCGGGCGAACCCGGACGCGGAGUACGGCACGCAGAGCGAGGACGACCGCAAGGACAUUGUGUGCUUCUACGUGUCGCGCGUGGAGGAUGCGGAGAAGCGGGGGGACCUGGUGGCGGCGCUGCGGCUGCCGGAGGGCGCGCUCGCGGAGUGCGAGGCGGCCGUGAGCAGCGGCGCGUGGACGCCCAAGCAGAUCGUGGACGACAAGUCGUUCUUCUAG